AUCCAACUGCCAUGAUGAACCCGGUCUUUUGGAUGCUUAUGUGACACUGCAUUUAUACGCGGACAGUCCCCCUUUUUACACCUCCGAAAUUAUUCCUAAUACCGUCAAUCCUACGUUUCGUGCUGUCGAUAUUUCACAAUGCAUUGACUGGUACGAUGCAGUUCAAACCGACGUGGUGGCCCGAUUAUGGGCUCGAUUAUCGGUACCCGAAUCCGCGGCCAUGGCAGGCCAAACCGGCCGUUUACAUCAGCAUUCACCUCUGCAAUCGCAAGAAGAGUACCACAUACUAAUCGAAUGGCAAAUCGAACUGAAUGCAUUAGCUUACCUUGGGAAAAAUCCGAUACGCAUUACCUGUAUCCAUCAAAUACCCUCAUCUUGGAACUAGAUGAUGGCUUUUACACUGCUCCAGAUAUUGUGAUGAAGUGCAAGCGCAGCAGUACCGCACUGGACCUUGCUCUGGAAUCAGAAACAGCCAGCGUGGAUACAGAACACUCCAUUUCUCGGGCGAAAAAGUCUUAUACUUAUCAUCACAUCAUGAAAUUAAAUACACUUAAAGAUUGCAUCUUUGAUACCCAAAAGUCGACAGACGAAAUACAGCAUACUAUUAAUGAUAUUCUUGAAACAGACCGUGAACGAUUUCGCUUGGGGCGAGAACGAAGGCAGCGACAAACCAAACUGAAAGAGUUGCAAGCACUGGUGGAAUCGGAACACAAAGAGUUGGCCCAAGAAAAACAGCAUGUGGCGGAAUUACGGAAGCGGAUCAGAGUUCAUCAUCAGCUUUUGAAAGAGGGUAUACAACGGCACGAUGCUGGCGCAGAGUAUCUGCAGGAAAAUGAAGUGGUAUUGGAAGGCAAUGUCAAGAUGCAUCAGAAGCUAUUUCACAUGCUGGAUCGUCGAAAGAAGGAACUUAUUGCCGACUUGUUUUCGAUCUAUCCUAUUGAACAGUUUUGCAUCCGUGGUGUCCAUCUCCCCAACUCGGUGUAUACUGGAUGUGAUGAGGAAUCCAUUGCCAUUGCUUUGGGAUUCACGGCUCAUCUGGUUUCCAUGCUUGCAUACUAUCUGGCCAUUCCGCUUCGGUAUCCCAUCACCCCCAUGGGUUCCCGUGCUACCAUUGAUGAUCCGGUGUCCCUCAUUGGCAGCUCAAAAACGUUUCCUCUUUAUUCCAAAGGUGUCGACCGAUAUCGGUUUGAAUUUGGAGUAUUUUUGUUGAACAAGGAUAUUGAACAGUUAAUGAAUGCUUAUGGCCUUAUUGUCAUGGAUCUCCGCCAUACAUUGCCUAAUAUACAUUAUUUUAUCCAAGCUGUGCUGACGACGUCGAUUCACUCGGGUCCCAGCUCCAUUUCCGUCCUUUCCAUUUCCACCUACGCCAACGGCGACAGUAAUGAUCCUCACUCACCGUUAUCGAUGAAAAGGCCAACGUCACGUCAUUUCGACGAUUACGCAUUACCGUGCGAUCAAGUAAACCAUCUCACAUUGCAACCGACCGUUCACCAACCCGUACCUCAACCUUCUCCUUCCGUAUCCAUGACUCCUACCAUUUCGCAAUCUCCCAAACUGUCGGGUUCUUUCAAUGCCAAUGCUUUUCUCAGUAUGACCCAACCGAUGGCUGCGCCGGCCAUCUUGGAUACGGUGACCACGUCCAGCUGUAAAUUCAAAUCCAAGCAUGGCCAAACCAUUCACGACACACCACGACCUCACGUAGAAGAUUUUGGGCAGUCUGACCGAUCUAUAUCCUGACGCUGAACCAUUUUUUUACAUAAAGACUAACUUUUUGAAAGAUUUUGG